AAGUGGGCGGGGCUUCGCUCUGCGCAGGCGCAGAUUGUCAGGGCACGGCGGCUGCAGGGCGACUGUUUCACUUACGUCCAAACAGUUUACGACACCUGCGCCGGCGGCUGCGGUUGCUACGGGGUAGGCUCUCCGUGCCCGCCGCUCUGCCGUCCCGUCGCGAAGCAGCGUGCAGCGGAACCUCCGCGGAUUCCCGUAUAUCCAGCAAAUCCCACCUUGGAAGCCAUGGAGGCAGAACAGGUCAUGGAGGGACAGCCACAGGUUCCAGAAAAUCCCCAUUCUGAAUAUGGGCUCACUGAAAACGUGGAGAGGAUAGUGGAAAAUGAGAAGUUAAAUGCAGAGAAAACAUCGAAGCAGAAGGUGGAUCUUCAGUCAUUACCCACACGUGCCUACUUGGAUCAGACUGUUGUACCUAUCUUGCUACAGGGACUUGCUGUUCUUGCAAAAGAGAGACCGCCAAAUCCCAUUGAAUUUCUAGCAGCAUAUCUUUUAAAAAACAAGUCACAAUUUGAGGACCGAAAUUAACUCCAUUGUAAUGAGGACAAUUUGGCUGCUAGACUGAAAUGCUUAUUUGUUGCAAUUUGUUUUCUGUUGUAAAAAUCCUUUGGAACCAUAGUAUUGUCUCUCUUAGUCGCACAAUAUGCUUUACCUUUGAAGUUAUUUAAUAAAGAACACUUUACAUUUUAUCUGUUCGCUUGUUUUAAACUAGCUAGUCAGAGGCUUUCAGAAUAAAAUACUGAAACUGCAC